AUGUCACUUUUCUCUUUUUCAUUUUCAACUGAACUUUCUUACGUUUUUAUUAUUUGCUUUUACUUUUCUUUUUUUUUCUUUUACUUUUUGAUUUGCUGUUUGUCUUUUAUUUUGUUUUCUUAUUUGGAUUUUCCCACGUUUCUUUCUUUUUAUUUCCUUUCUAUUUUCCAACUUUACUUUAUUUUUCUUUCUUUUUUCUUUCACUUUGGAUUCCUUUUACAUUUCCUUUGUUGUUUCUCCCUUUGCAGCUUUCAUUUCCGUUUUUUUAUUCCUACUUUUUCCUUUUUGAUUUCUUUCCGUUUUAUUCAACUUUCUUUUUUUAAAUCUUUUACAUUGAGAUUUCGUUUUCCUCGUUUUUUAUUCAUUUAUCCUUUUCUUUUCUUUCUAUGCUCUCUUGUCAUUUUCUUCAUUUUUCUUUUAAUUCUUUUUUAUUUUCACUUUUCUUUUCUGCUUCUACUUUCGCUUUAUUCUCUUUUUUCCUUGAGACUUUCGUUUCUUUCUUUCUUUCCACUUUACCGCUUUUCACAUUUAAUAUGUUUAGAAAGUUUCAUUUUUACAAACUGCUUCUUUUCCCCCUUUCUGUGCAUCUUCCUUCCUCCAUUUUAA